AUGCAUGGGGAGCCGCGCCUGGCCCCGCACCAGGCUCCUCUGCUGGAGCGGCUGACCUCGAUGGACGACGCCACCGUGGAGGACGAGCUGAACGAAGACCUUGGCUACCUCAGCCUCGGCCACCGCCGCCGCGACUGGUUGUACCGCGCCACGGACCGUGGAUCCUCCUGCCUGAGCUGGUUCCGCGCGAAGACGCGCGGCCGGUACGAGGACUGGCUGUUCCUCACGCUGCUGGGGAGCCUGAUGGGACUCUACUCCUUCGGCAUUGACGUCGCCGUGCAAGCCGCCAACCGAUGUGAGUCAUGCAUUCACCCCGCUGGAACACGCGGGGCAGUCUGAUGGGACUGACAGCUCAGGUGACACUUCCACUUCGCCCUUCGCCCACGGGUGCUAAACCCGAGCA